GUGCUCGCAGAAUAAUUUUUCCCCAAAAAAUAUCAGCUUCGUUCCAGCCUCCCGGUACGAUGAAAUGUCGAAGUUGAUAGCCUGACAAUCCAUUCAUUCAUCAAUGGAUUCAAUCCAUACUUCCUUCCUUCCUCCUUUACUCCCUUCACGGAUUCCCCCAUCCAAAUCCCAAUGCGCAUCCAAACCCUACAAUCUCAACCCCAUCCACGCCGCUACCCGAUCCCCUACCUCCUGGACUCUUAGCGACGGCAACUCCCGCGGCACCCAGCGAAAGACCCGCAAGGCGCCGCCCAACUUCCAUCCCCGUAAACCACUCUCCGACGACGACGCCCGCCGCAUCAUCCACGAGAAGGCACAGUACCUCCGGCGUUUGCGCCGGAAUCAAGGGCCUCUCGCCGAGAUUCCUCGGUGGAUCCGCCGGACGCCGGAGCAGAUGGCGCGGCUGGUGCAGGACGGCCGGCUGGAGGGGCAGGCGCAUGGGCGGCAUGUGGUGGCGGCGAUCAAGGCUGUGAGGUCGCUUGCCGGGCGGCCGGAGGGAUCCUAUGACAUGAGGGAGGUUAUGGGGUCAUUCGUUGCUAAGCUCAGCUUUCGGGAGAUGUGUGUGGUGCUCAGGGAACAGAGAGGGUGGCGCCAGGCUCGGGAUUUCUUUGCCUGGAUGAAGUUGCAGUUAUGCUACAAACCGAGCGUUAUGGCCUACACCAUCCUUCUUCGAACAUAUGGUCAAGUUGGAAAAAUACAACUUGCUGAAAAGUUAUUUUUGGAGAUGCUCGAGUGUGGCUGCGAGCCAGACGAAGUUGCUUGCGGCACAAUGUUGUGUGCAUAUGCCAGGUGGGGCAGACAAAAACCUAUGAUGACAUUUUACUCCGCAGUUCGCAGGCGAGAAAUCUUACCUUCUAUUGCCGUUUUUAAUUUCAUGAUGUCCUCUUUCCAUAAGCAAAAAAUUCAUUCGUCGGUUAUCCAAUUAUGGAAGCAGAUUUUGGAAGCUGGAUUAGAACCAAAUGGUUUCACUUACACACUUGCAAUACAUUCAUUUGGUAAGAAAGGUCUUCUAGAUGAUGCGCUUGGUACAUUUGUGAAAAUGAAAAAAGUGGGUUUUGUUCCGGAGGAAUCAACAUAUAGUAUGUUGAUCAUCCUUACUGCCAAAAAUGGCAGAGAGGAUGAGGCGCUAAGACUUUAUGAAGAAAUGAAACCUCAGGGCAUUAUCCCAAGUGUUUAUACACUCGCCUCUGUUCUGGCACUGCAUUACAAAAAUGACAAUUAUGCCAAAGCUCUCUCUAUGUUUUCAGAAAUGGAGAGGAAUAAAAUUGUUCCUGAUGAAGUGAUAUAUGGAAUACUUGUUAGGAUAUACGGCAAGCUUCGACUGUACGACGACGCACAAAGAACUUUUGAGGAUGUUGACGAGCUUGGUCUUCUUACCCACGAGAAAACGUAUGUGGCUAUGGCUCAGGUACAUUUGAACGCGGGAAACUUCGACAAGGCUUUAGAUGUUUUAAAUCUUAUGAGAUCAAGAAAUGUGGAGCUAUCCAAAUUUUCAUAUUGUGCUUUACUUCGAUGUUACGUUGCCAAGGAAGAUGUAGGGGCUGCUGAAUCGACCUUUCGAACUCUUUGCAGGAGUGAGUCUCCGGAUGCAAUUUGCUACAAUGGGAUGCUUAUAUUGUAUCUUAAAUUGGGUCUUUUAGAGAAGGCCAAAGGUUUGGUUUCUGAAAUCAAAAGAUAUGAGGUGCCUUUUGAUGGGGACCUUUAUAGGACCGUUUUGCAAGUGUAUUGCAGGGAGAGGAUGGUGAUCGAUGCCGAGCAGUUAGUGGAUCAGAUGCAUCGUUCCGGAAUGGCAAUCGAUAACCGGAUGAAGAUGUUGUUGAUUACAUUGUACGGAGAAGUUGGGGCGCUUCAUCUUGCGGAGAACUUGCUGAAGACCGUCGAGCAACCAGACGUUGCUUUGCUCGGUGUAAUGCUCUGCUCGUAUUUGAAAAAUGGCGAUGCCCAUAAGGCUUCGGAAAUGCUAAAAUCUCUUUUGGAGACGACCAAUGGUUUGUCAAUAGCCAGCCGGCUUAUGAUAAAGUUAGCUAAGGAAGGAUGUUUUGUUGAGAUGAAAUGGAUACUGGAGCGGUCCGUUGAUUUGGGUUUCGGACACGAUGAUGCGGCAAUCGCUUCUGUAAUUAAUUUGUAUGGACAAAAUCAGCAGCUAAAAGAAGCGUUAGAAAUAUACAAAUUGGCGUCUCGAUCCACUAUGGUUGAUAAAAUUGUUUAUGUGUCUAUGAUUGAUGCUUAUUGCAAAUGUCACGAGGUUGAUGAAGCUGAACUUCUCUACAAGAAAAUGAUUGAAAAAGGGCUUACUCCAGAUGCUGUUGUGAUUAGUAUUCUAGUUAAUGCUUUCAGUAAACAUGGCAUGUUUCAGAACGCAGAACGGUUAAUAUAUGGCAGUUUUGAUACAGAUACUGUACUUGAUACUGUGGCGUACAACACGUACAUUAAGGCAAUGCUAGAUUCAGGUAAAUUGCAUCUCGCUAUUGACAUUUACGACCGGAUGAUUGAUGCAGGCGUUCGGCCAUCUCUUCAGACAUAUAACACGAUGAUUAGUGUAUAUGGUCGAGGGAAAUCGGGAAAGGCUAUCGAGAUGUUUGAUGCCGCACAUGACUUGUGCCCAUCAAUAGAUGAGAAAUUAUACACCAAUAUGAUCAGCUACUAUGGAAAAUGGGGGAGGAUACAAGAUGCAUCCUUGUUAUUUAACAAAAUGAAGGAAGGUGGAAUUAAACCUGGAAAGAUCACUUACAACACAAUGAUUAAUGCAUAUGCAACCGCUGGACUUCACAGAAAAGCUGAGAACAUUUUCAAAGACAUGGAAAGAGAUGGCCACUCUCCCGAUUCCAUCUCGUAUCUCGCUCUCAUUCGAUCUUACACUCAGUCUCACAAUUACCACGAUGCCGAGAAAGUUAUUCGCAGAAUGCAGGAAGCAGAAAUCUCGCCAUCUCAUGCUCAUUUUAACCCUCUUAUUUUCGCUUUCGCAAGAGAAGGCCGCAUUCAUGAUGCCGAGCGAGUUUAUAACUUGAUGAAGCAAACAGGGCUUGAGCCGGAUUUAGCAUGUUGUCGAACGAUGAUUCGGACGUAUAUGGAUUAUGGAUUAGUCGACGAGGGAUUAUUCUUCUUUGAAAUGACGAAUUGUCUGAUAAAGCCUGAUGGUUUCAUCUUGAGUGCUGCUGUUCAUCUUUAUGAACAUGUGGGAAAGGAAACUGAAGCGGGGAGGGUUUUGGAUACCAUAAAUCUCGAGGGAUUGGUGUUCCUUACAAACCUGGAAGUUGGUUCGAAGCUGAGAAGAUGAUGGAUUCUUCUUCGUGCCAUUCGAGAUCGAAGUUUCUACGAGUUAUUACAACUGAUUCUUCCAAUGAGUUUGGCUCAGGAAGAUGAGACUUUUGGUAGAAAAUAAAAGCUAAGCACUGAAUGGGUGUUUCAAAUUUAUAGAUUGGGUUUCUUGGGGUAAUGUACAGUGAAUAGUUGUUUAUGAUGUUUAGCUGAGCAAUGUUUGUAUGUUUUUUUUUUUUUUUUUUUUUUUUUUUUUUUUUUUUGGGAGA